CUGAGCUAGAAAAACUGUAUAAAUGUGUAUAAAAAUAAAAUGUAAUAAAAGUCUAGUUUUGUUUAUUCUAUAAACUAAGCAAUACUUUCUUAUUAACUGUUUGACAAAUUUGAGCGGAGAAGCUAAACAUUGAAAGCGCUAAAAGGGUAAAAAAUAAUUUAUUAAUUAAGAUUCAAGUAAAGAAUUAUAAUUGAUUUUAGUUUUGAAGGUGGAGUUAUGAAAAGAAGGUCAAAAGAGCACCCACAAGAAGCAAGACCAACGUGAUUCUGCUGAAGAAGCGCAGGAAGAAAGAGUCUUGUCACAUGAAAGUGCUUUUAGUGAAUAAAGAAAACAAUUUAAAAAGAAUGUAAUGGAAAAUAUUAUUAACAUAAAAUGAAUAUUGUUGUUGAAUAAUAUAAUGGGUAUUAAAAAUAGUAUUAAUUGAUAGAUAGUUUGGUGAUGUGAGAAGGAAGGGGGAUGCACAAAAAAAGAAGGUUAAAAAAAGGAAUGAAAGGGUUUAAGUGGUUUUAGUUGGUUAAGGAAGGAAGCGAAAACAGCGGUGAGAAGAAGGGUUCAAAAGAAAUGAAUGGCUCCUCUGAUUCGGUGCCUUGGUGGGUCUCUUACUCUCCAUUUCCCACCCCCAAUUCAUGUCACGCCCUCCCUCGCCGUCCCCUGCCUGGACGACGGCGAGCGGCAACCCUCCCCGCAUCCACCGCCGUAUCGCCUCCGUCUUCAGCCGUCCCUGGAUCAAAACCCUUAAACGCACCAAAACCGCCGACAGACUCUACGAAAAAUACCUCCGAGGCUACAAGAACAAAUAGAGCUCCACCAUGCAAUGCACGCAAUAACCCCCUUCCUGCAUUGCAUCACUGUCACCAAUUCCCCCUGAUUUUUUAACAAACCAAUCCCUAUUGCACACAAAUAAUGUCUCAAAUCAUGCCACCUUUCCAGUUAUUGGAACUCAGCGUCAUUUCGGCUCAGGACCUGGCUCCGGUGGGUCGCACCAUGCGGACCUACGCGGUUUCAUGGGUCCACCCGGACCGGAAGCUCUCCACGUGCGUCGACACGCAGGGCCACAAUAACCCGACGUGGAACGACAAGUUCGUCUUCCGCGUCGACGAGGAAUUUCUUUGCUCCGAUUCCUCCGCCAUCAUGAUUGAGAUCUACGCGCUACAUUGGUUCAAAGACAUCCACGUCGGCACCGUUCGCGUCCUCGUCGGAAACCUCGCUCCUCCACCCUCGCGCCCCUCCCAGACCCACCGCACCCCGCUAGGCACGCGCUUCGUCGCGCUCCAGGUCCGCCGCCCCUCCGGCCGCCCCCAGGGGAUCCUCAACAUCGGCUUCACCAUCCUCGACGGCUCCAUGCACAACAUGCCGCUCUACACUCACAACCCAUCCGCCGUCGGCUACCGCCACCUUAUGGGAGAGAAGGACGCCUACGACAGCCAUAACCAUCUCAGCCCCCACGUCCUCGCCGGCGCCACCCCCAAGCCUGAGCUCCGCCGCUCCAAGAGCGACACAAGCUCCGUGGUGGCCUCGGAAGCCGUGGCGCGGCAGCACCGAGCCAAGGCCAACCAUAACAGAGCGAACUCCAACAUUUCAGCAUACCAAGUUAACUUGGAUAACACGAAGAAAGGAAAGAAGAAGAAGUCGAGGUCUCCGAGUAACAUCAACGAGGAAACAUGCUCUAUGCUCAGCGACACCGUUCAGCCCUGGAAGAUUAAGAGCGGAAAAACGAGUCCUCAUGAGGACGAUAUACUCCACGUGGAGGAGAUUUCGCCACUUCAGCACUACCGCAACGACGUCGUUUACGAAGAUGUUCAUAACCAGCACCAUGACCACGACGCGCAUUCCGACGCUAACUCCGAUUCCGACGUUAGCAUUGGCGAAAACAACUUCGUUACCGAGGCCAUGGAGGAAGAAUACGUGCCAGUUAACAACGUUACGUACGAAGUUUGCGCCACCCCCCAACACCAGUUCCGAAACUCUCCGGCGCCACACUAUAUAAAUUCGCCCGCACCACAGUUCAGGAAUUCUCCGGCAAGGCAGCAUAUGAGCUCGCCAGCACCGCAAUUUAAGAACUCGCCCGCGCCACAGUAUAUGAACUCUCCGGCACUGCAGUAUAAGAAUUCUCCUAAACCACAUUAUAUGAGCUCUCCGGCGCCGCAGUUUAAGAAUUCUCCGGCACCACAUUAUAUGAGCUCUCCAGCGCCGCAGUUUAAGAAUUCUCCGGCGCCCCAGUUCAAGAAUUCUCCGAAACCGCAGUAUAUGAAUUCUCCGAAACCGCAGUAUAUGAAUUCUCCUGUGCCACAAUUUAAGAACUCUCCGGCACCGCAGUACGUCAGUUCUCCGGCGCCGCAGUUUAAGAAUUUGCAGAAUGCGCAGUACAUAGCAUCUCCGAAGCCGCAAUAUUUAGCGUCUCCGAAGCCGCAAUAUUUAGCAUCUCCAAAGCCGCAGUUUCGAAACUCACCGGCGGUGGUGGCGCCGCAGUUCCGGGCGUCGCCGACGGUAUCGAAUCUCAAUCCGAACAGGGGGACGCCGAUGCAUACGUACGGGAAGGUGAACGGGGGGAUGGAGUACAUGACGCCAAGGAGGUCAAACUUGGGGAACAUGGGACAGAUGGUGAUGACGGAGUCGGAGCUGGGACCGUCUCCGUCGGAGGUGGCCGCGGCGAUAGCGAGAAAGCCAAUUAUUGACGAGGGGGAAAACGAGAUGGCGGGAGGGUGGAGCUUGGACGGGAGCAUGGAAGGGUUACAGUCGAAGAUGGAAAGGUGGCGGUCAGACCUGCCGCCAGUGGUUGAUCAGGGCGAGCUCUCAAGCCACCGGUCGUCGAGCACAAAGACAAGCCGCCACUCCCGGAGGCACACCGACGGUGGUAGUACACCGGGUGGAGGCGGAGGCGGUAGCGGGAGUGGGGGUGGGAGCGGGGGUAAGGGUAAGGGUAAGGGUCGUAGUGGGGCUGGGUUGUUCUCAUGCUUUAGUAAGAUCUGCGGUGUUGAAUGCUACGUUGGUUGCGGCAGCGAUUCUAAAGGAAAGAAGGGCGGCCGCCGCCGCUCGUCCUCCAUGGAAGACAAUACCAGCAGCCUUCUCUGAAGAACCCAGCCCAACUACAACAACAUGGGAAUAUUCGUGUGCCUUAUUGCAAAAUCUUGUUUCCAUGUCAUCAAUACACACAUCACACAUGUCAACUACUCAAGUAAACUAUUUUGUGCUUAAAUAAACAUGCUUGAGUAAGCAU